AGGAGAGAGAGAUAGUAUGUGAAUGGAACUGUCAAACUGUUGUUUCGUAGUUCAACACACAAUACUUUUCUGAUACGUCAACUCUCUGUCGCUCUCUCGCUCUCUCUCUCACUCUUUCCCGUAACAAACAUGACUGUAUAUGCAUUCACACAUACACAUAUAUACACAGUUAAGAAAGAAGUAAAACACCGAAGACAACACAUUCAUUCUCUUGCUAUUCGAGUUUUUCAUUAUUAUUUUUUCUGUUCCAAAACUAUAUGGGGGAUUUGUUGUGAUUAAAUUGUGUUUUCAAAACGAAAUCGAGUGCAAAGUAAUAACUCUGUGUAUAAAAUAAAAUUGUUGCUGUUUGAUUUGUCCUAGCCCAAAGCCAUUUUGCCCUGUUUUCUUUUUUAUUUCCUCUGUGUGAUAGCAAAAGAAUAAUAGCAACAGAAAAUAAAAAAAAAUGACUGAAUUACAAAUGGAUUGUGCUUUGGACUUGAUGCGCCGAUUGCCACCGCAACAAAUCGAAAAGAAUUUGAUUGAUUUAAUUGAUUUGGCACCGUCAUUGUGUGAGGAUUUGCUAUCGUCGGUGGAUCAACCGCUGAAAGUGGCCAAAGAUAAGGAAAGUGGACGAGAUUAUUUGCUGUGUGAUUAUAAUCGGGAUGGUGAUUCAUACCGAUCACCAUGGUCAAACACAUACGAUCCACCGCUUGAAGAUGGAUCAAUGCCGUCCGAACGUUUGCGUAAAUUGGAAAUCGAAGCGAAUCAUGCAUUCGACCAAUAUCGUGAUAUGUACUAUGAGGGUGGCGUUUCAUCGGUGUAUUUGUGGGAUUUGAACCAUGGAUUUGCCGGCGUUAUUUUGAUUAAGAAGGCCGGCGAUGGUAGCAAAAAAAUUAAAGGUUGCUGGGACUCGAUUCAUGUGGUUGAAGUGCAGGAGAAGAGCUCGGGACGUAUGGCCCAUUAUAAACUUACAUCAACCGCGAUGCUUUGGUUGCAAACCAACAAAACCGGAUCCGGUACCAUGAAUUUGGGCGGCAGUUUGACCAGACAGGUGGAACAAGACGCCAAUGUCAACGAACAAUCGCCACACAUUGCCAAUAUCGGUCGAAUGGUCGAGGAUAUGGAGAAUAAAAUUCGAAAUACGCUUAACGAAAUCUACUUCAGCAAAACAAAAGACAUUGUAAACGGUUUGCGUAGCAUUCAAUCGUUGUCCGAUCAGAAAGCACAGGCUGCCAUGAAACAAGAUCUGGCUAUUGCACUUCAACGUCGAAAUCUUAAGAAUGAAAAUUAAAUCAAUAUUAUUACAACAAUUUAACUGAAAUGUGGGGUUCGAGAAGUAAACAUUAUGAUACGAUUCCAGAGAGCAAUCAAUUGCAAGAUGAAUGAAUUAAUUUAAUGUUUAAGCAAAUUUAAGGAUUUAAAACGAGCACACUGGAUGUUAUUAUUAUUUUUGUAGUUAUUAAUCAAUCCUCAUUUUAACACAAAACACAAAUUGUUUAUCAAAUUCUCUUUCUUCAUUUUCUUUUUUAAUUUGAUUAUUUCUUUUUUUCCAUUCCUUUUGUUUUCCACAUUUGUACCGCGCGAUUCAAGUAAAUUUAUGAAGAGAGACACAGAGAGAGAGAGAAAGAAAGAGAAUAUUGGAAUAUUCAGUUCUAAUCAAAAAGAAAUUAAUAAAUUUUAUACUAUAUCGAAAUCGCAAGUGUCGAUCAAAAGCAUUCCAACCGAUCUUUAUUUCCUUCUUUUAAAACGAUUCGGCUACAAAAAAUCAACACGUUUUUUAGGACAAUUGAAUUUUGAAUGCCUUUUUGUACGUAGACAUAGUUGCAAUAAAUACAAAGUUUUCCUAAACAA